AUGUUUCCUAGUUCAAGUAAUGCUGCAUUUGAGGAUAGUCGUAUAUUUUUAGAGCUGGAAGAUCUGCUUGCGGAUUGUCCAAUUUCAGAUGGAAAUAAUACUGAAAAAAAGGGUGUGAAAAAGAGGUCCAGAAAAAUUGAAGCAAGCAACAAUGGCAGUAGUGAGUCCAAGAAGACUGCUCAUCGACUUACUGAGAAGCAGAGAAGGCAAGAAAUGGCAGCCCUUUAUGCUUCUCUCAGAUCCCUUCUCCCUCCUGAAUACAUCAAGGGGAAGCGCGCUAUAUCGGAUCAUAUGCACCAGGCCGUGAAUUACAUCAACGAUAUGAAAAAUAAAAUCAAACAAGUGAAACUAAGGAGGAAUUCAUUUGGUGUUGAAGCUGAGAAUCAAACCUCAAAUGCUUCUGAUUCUUCGCCUUACUGUGUGAAGAUAAAUCCAUUAACAGAAGGGUUUGAGAUCUUGAUUAGUAGCAGCCUAAAUAAGGGAUGUUUCCCUCUUUCAAUGGUGCUUGCCGAUUUGCUUAAUAGACAGCUACAUGUAAUUAGCUACGUUUCUACUAGAGGCGAUGGCUGUUACCUCCACAAAAUUCACCUUGAGCUUAAUGAUUCCGCAAGCAUUGAUCUAUCUGGGCUACAACAUGGACUGCUGAAUAUGCUUAAACUUGUUUGA